UGUCGUUCGUUCCUUUUCUUGUCAUUGCAAUGAAUUUUACUCUUCUAGAUAUUUGACUUCUGCCGGCUAGAAUGAGUUCCGAUAUUGUCAUACAUAGUUUCUACAAUCGUAGCGAUAGAGAAGUAGCACUGCUGAGUGAGAACAACGGCUCAACUGUGAACGCUAGUCAUGUCGUUACGGAUAUAACUCUUUUCCAACCAAUUAGUUAUUAUAUAAUUGGAUCGCUAAUGACGAUAAUAAUGGUGAUUGGAUUUUCAACAAAUCUUGCAAUACUUUAUACGUAUGCAACAAAUAGAAAAAUUCAAACAGUUGAUAACACGUUGAUCAUAGGGCUGGCAUUAAGUGAUAUCGGCCAAGCGAUUUUUGGUAUCCCGUUUGUUGUAAUUUCGAGUUUUAGUAAGCAUUGGAUAUUUGGUCAUACACUAUGUCAGUAUUAUGCUUUUAUAACAACUUCCUUUGGGAUAGCUCAGAUAGCUAUGUUGACGGUGAUCGCAAUGGAGAGAUACUUUGUUAUUGUCAGACAUGAUAAGAGAUUAACAAACACUCCAUUUAGAUGUAUGAUAGCGAUUCUGGGCUGCUUUGUAUACGGAUCGUCUUGGGCAACUGGGCCUUUGCUCGGUUGGUCGGGAUAUAAAGAAGAGGAAGUUGGAAUAGCAUGUUGUGUGAAAUGGGAAGUGAAGGAUAGUAGUGCACUUUCAUAUACAAUAAGCCUCUGUACAUUUGGAUGGUUUAUACCGUUGUUCCUCAUAGCAUUUGGAUAUAUUAGUAUCGCUUGCUCAGUAAGUAUAUCAACAUUGUUAUUACAUAAAUCCUUAUAUAAAUCACCGGUCAGUAGUUUGUGCUAUUGCCCAGUUUAAAAUUCAACACUACAUUUUGCUAGGCUAAAAUCAAAACUUGGAGGAAAAAAUUAUGAAAACCUAUUUCUGAUGUCAUGUUAUAAAACAUUUAUUAAAUGGCUUGGCGGUCAAAACCAUUUGCCAUCUGUAAUUCGAACACCAGGCAGUAGUUCUAACUAUUAACCGGCAAGGCAUUCAGUGUAUUAUUAACAUCACAUUUGC